AUGCCGAAGAAAAGCGGAAAUAACGCGAUGGAUUGGUUCUCAACCUAUUGGACAUCGAUCGUGCUAAUAUUUGCACCAAUCGUUUUCCUGCCCUUGGUUUUCAUGUUUCCAGAGAAUGAUAAAGAAGGCAAAUGUGCCUAUGUGGUUGCUUUGAUGGCCACCUAUUGGGUAUUCGAGGUUCUUCCACUUGCAAUCACCGCUCUUAUGCCUAUGGUUUUCUAUCCAUUCUUUGAGAUUAUGAAGUCAGAAGAGGUGGCACAAGCGUAUUUACCGGACACUUCAUUCCUCUUCUUGGGCGGCUUGAUGGUUGCUGUUGCGGUCGAAAAAGCAAAUUUACAUCAAAGAAUCGCUCUACUGGUGUUGAAAAUCGUCGGCUCUCAACCUCAAUGGAUUAUGGCUGGCUUCAUGGCUGUCACCGGAUUCCUCAGCAUGUGGAUCUCAAACACAGCCACCACGGCUCUCAUGGUGCCGAUUGUGCAAGGAGUCAUCGUUGAACUUGUCGCAAAUCAUCGAAUGCAAGAGAUGUUCACAAUGGUUGAGCGGUCGAAUGCGGACAAUCGUCGGAGAUCGGUCGAGUGUCGUCGCCUCUCGAUCAGUCAUGAGCACUAUAUUGCCCCGCAAAGAGAUGUCGCGGAUGUUUAUACCCCAAGAGAACUCUCAAUGGCCAAAGGUCUUCUGAUUUCUGUUUGUUUCGCAGCAAAUAUCGGAGGAGCAGCAACGAUCACGGGAACCGCCACAAAUCUAGUCCUUGUCGGCCAAAUUGAGAAAUUGUUCCCUCACGCUAACACUGGUGUCAAUUUCCUCUCGUGGAUGAUUUUCGCCUUUCCUUUAUGCUUUGCUUGCCUCAUUCUUUGCUGGGUGAUUUUAUGGGUUCUUUUUAUGAGGAACAGCCCAAAGGGAAAUGCGAUUGUGACAAGGAAAUUGCAUGAUAAAUACGAGCAACUCCCACCGCUUUCCUUUGCUGAAGUGGCUGUUUCUCUUUGUUUUCUUGCAAUGUUGGCACUUUGGAUCCUCCGAGAGCCUCAGGUUUUCCCAGGAUUCGGCGAAUAUUUUAAACACGGGUACAUCUCCGAUGCGUGUAGUGCAAUUUUUAUUGUGAUCGUCCUUUUCAUGUUGCCUGAUAAUUGGCCCAAAUGUUUCUCACCGGAGCCAUCGAGAGGAUUGAUUACACAAGGACCAAAAAGAAUCAUUCGUGGAAGUCUGCUUGAUUGGCAAACGAUUCAAGAGAGGUUCCCGUGGUCGAUUCUUCUCCUUCUUGGAGGUGGUUUUGCUCUAGCAGCUGGAGUAAAGGAAUCCCAUCUCUCACUGCUUGUCGGAAAUGUGAUGAAACGCUUAGAAGUGUUUCCAAUUUUCGUCAUUAUGACAAUCAUCAUUUUGAUCACUUUGGUUUUGACAAAUAUCUGCUCAAAUACAGUUGUCGCUUCAAUCUUUAUCCCAAUUGUUGCCGAAUUGGCUCGUUCUCUUGAACUAAAUCCUCUUUAUUUCAUGUUACCCGUUGCCAUUUCUUCAUCUUUCGCCUUUCUUUUGCCAGUUGCUACUCCACCGAAUGCAAUCGUUUUUUCAGCUGGAGUGGUCAAAGUGAAGGAUAUGAUUGUUGCCGGUUUCCUCUUAACAAUUGGUUGUCUCGGGCUGACAAUAUUGACGAUGGCUCUCUGGGCAAAACAUGUCUAUCAUUUGGACGAUCAUGAGCGAACGUUGCUCCUUUUGAAUCAAACUUGGGUUGCU